AUGGUAUUAAUAAAAAUAAAUAAUAUUGAUUUUACUUUGGUUGAUAAAGAAAAGUUAUCAAGUAUUGUUGAAGGAAAGGCUAUUCCACUUAUUUUCAUUCGUAAACGUGGUAUCAAAUUGGGAAAUUUAUGUUUAUUAGGUGAAUUUAAUCAAGAGAUUAGUUUUUUUAAAGGUAAAAAUGGUAAAACAUUAUUACCAGAUAUGAGUGAUUUAUAUUUAAUGGAUGGAUUUAAUAAACAAUUAUCAAGAGAUUCAUUUUCAAAUAAUUAUGAAAAAUUAUAUUAUAUAUUAUUGGUCCAAAUGUUUUUGUAA